UAACACGUGAGCAGGAAAUUUAGUCACAUUGUCGCGUGUGCUUGAACUGAAAAAAGAAUAAAUACAUAUGGAAAUUGUAUUUAAAAGAUUUCCCGUCAAGUGUUCAGUGCUAAUUUAACUUGUAUUUACGUGAUUCAUAGGUAGCGAGGCGAAGCGUACAACACUCGUUACCAAUUUACUGCCCUUAUAUUAUCGUCCAACAUUUUGUAUGUGUCAUCCAGCUAUUCUGGAUCUAUUGAUAUUAAAUUGUGAUGGAGGAAGCAGUUUGCAUCAAUGAUUACGGUCAAGGUUGUACAAGUGAUGGAAACAUUGAUUUUGAGACCGAUCAGCUAGUCAACAUGGAUGGGAACCUGGAAAGGUUUGAUGGUUCAAUGUUGGAGCUUGAUGACGAAGACUUGUCUGAAAUUCACCGCAUGGUGAAUGAGUGGGAAUUGAAUUUCGGUGCAUUAGAGAGUUCUGAUGGAGAGGAAUUAAUGAAACUAAUUCAAAUUGAAAAUCCUAGCCAGUUUGAGUGGCCUUGUCAUCUUGGGGAUGCAAGUUCUAUCAACAAUACCAAUGAAAACUGGGGCAAUACAGACGAGUUGCACGAUCGCUUGCCGUCCUAUUAUACGGCAUUGGCUCCAUCUCGUUCAGCGCCUUGGAUACCCCCCUCGUCGCAGCUAGUCUUUAAUAAGUUGCCGGCCUACAUCACAGACAUGGCCCCACUCGAUGUGGCAACCAUAAGCGACAAUGCUUGUGGGUCUGUAGGUCAACCGGGUAAAAAGAAACUUAAUUUGGCCGAAUACCGUACCCGUCGCGAGAAACAAUUGCAACAAUUACAAGAAGAGGAAGAACAGCAACAACAACAGCAAAAACAAGAAGAUGAAGAAAAACAGGAAAUUGAGAAAAAGGCUGACGUUAAAAGGGUCAAAGUCCAAAUAGAUAAAAUGCAGUGCCAUACGAAACAACAUCGACAAGCCAAAGAGGUCAAAGAUGAACCGGAAGAAGGUGAAGUGGAAGAGGAAGAAGUGAAAGAUAAACAGCCAGCUGUCAUAGUCAAAAGUCGAAGGAUCAGAUCGUCUCGCUCACCAACUCGUUCAUAUUCUUCCCAUUCAUCAUCUAGUAGACGAUAUCGUUCCAGCUCGACAUCCUCCUAUUCGAGCCGUUCGAGAUCGCGUUCACCGUCACAUCGUCGUGGUAGGAGAAGAAGAAGAUCAUCAUCAAACUCAUCAUCUUCUUCUUCAACUUGGCAUCGUAAAAGCCGACACAACAACAGCCGGAGACACGGUGGCCGACGACGACGGACGCCGAGCCCUCCGGCUCGAUUAAGUAGCCGUGGGGGGUACGUCGAUCGAAGCCAACAGCGACGCCAACAACAAACGGAGCGUCAGCGACAGAUUGAGGAGAGACGCGUGAUUUACGUGGGGAAAUUAGCCGACGGCACGACACGGUCUGAUCUGCGGCAGCGGUUCGAACCGUUUGGUCCUGUGGUCGACAUAAGUCUACACUUUCGAGAACGAGGGGACAAUUACGGGUUCGUGACGUUUGCGUACAAAGUGGACGCGUAUGAGGCAGUGGAACACGGCAACGAUGACCCUCACCUGCCCAAAUACGAUUUGAGUUUUGGUGGCCGACGGGCAUUCUGCAAAGAGACUUAUGCCGAUUUGGAUGCGGUUGACGAUGACGGUCGUUCCAAGGCCAAUGACGUGGAUUUUGAGACAUUGUUGAGGGCCGUCCAGGUUCAGCUGACCCGCCGUCCUUGCUCUUGACACUGGGCCGUUCAUUUACCUACACGAAAUUCUCCUUUUUUUCCUCUUUCCUUGUGUGGCCGAUGUUGUUUCAUCACAAUCCGUUCAACUCUUCUUUCUCAUUCAUCGAGUGUUUUCAUUUUGCAAACAUGGCGUCGUUUUCAGUUAGUGCAGUCACAUCAGUCCAAAGUGCCUCUCUGUUCUUUUGAUAGCAUUCAAUUGACCCCUAACUUUUUUUGUUCAUUACUAACCUGCGGUUGAUGGGCUUCAUUCUCGUAAAAAACAAACAUCGGUUAGCUCAUUUUCUUUCGGGAGGAUAUCGUGAAUUUGUGAUUGUUGUUUUUCCUCCUCCCUUUGUUUUGUUGGGUUUGAAAAUUGGCUUCAGUUGUGUCAGCUAGAAGUUACGCUCAUCUUUUUCCUUAAAAAAACAAUUGAAUUUCUGUAAAGAGGCGGAGGAAUGAAGAAAACAGGUCAAACGUGUGUUCGAUCGUCAUACAAAUACA